GCCAGGAUGUGGCAUGUGUGCAUGACGUCAUCUCUCCAUGUACCGGGCGCCAUUUUGGAAGAAAAAAAAUCUCGGAUAAUUUCCGUGGUCUUGACAGAUCUGGACCCGAGUCUUCACACUGAUUGUGGAUGCUAUCUAUUCCCUCCCCCGAGCAAGCCGCAUUGGUUGAUUAGGUACUGGAAGCCCGUGUACAGCAAGAGCUGCUACAUGAAGCAAUGGCGGGUAAGCUACUCCUGAAGGCGGGCAGAGGACCCACCUCACUCGGAGUUGCAGGUGGAAAUGAUUUUCAGUGGUGUUUCUCUCAAGUGAAAGGAGCGAUAGAUGAAGAUGUUGCGGAAGCUGACAUAAUCUCAACAGUUGAGUUCAACUAUUCUGGAGAGUUGCUUGCAACUGGAGAUAAAGGAGGCAGAGUAGUGAUAUUUCAACAUGAACAGGAGUCUAAGAAUCGUCCACAUCUGCGCGGGGAGUACAACGUCUAUAGCACUUUUCAGAGUCACGAGCCAGAAUUUGACUAUUUGAAAAGUUUAGAAAUUGAGGAAAAAAUUAAUAAAAUAAGAUGGCUACCCCAACAAAAUGCUGCUCACUUUCUACUUUCGACAAAUGAUAAAACUAUCAAAUUGUGGAAAAUAAGUGAACGAGAUAAAAGAGCAGAAGGUUACAACCUGAAAGAUGAAGAUGGACGAUUCCGAGACCCCUUUAGAAUCACCUCUUUACGGGUACCAGUACUGAUGCCAAUGGAUCUCAUGGUAGAAGCAAGCCCGCGGAGGAUCUUUGCAAAUGCGCACACCUAUCACAUUAAUUCCAUUUCUGUAAAUAGUGAUCAUGAAACGUACCUCUCCGCAGAUGACCUAAGAAUAAAUCUAUGGCACUUGGAAAUCACAGACAGAAGUUUUAAUAUUGUAGACAUCAAGCCCGCCAACAUGGAGGAACUGACAGAAGUAAUCACAGCUGCUGAGUGCCAUCCACUCCAAUGCAAUGUAUUUGUGUACAGCAGUAGCAAAGGCACCAUCCGCCUGUGCGACAUGCGAGCAGCGGCACUCUGCGAUAGGCACUCAAAGUUCUUUGAGGAGCCUGAGGAUCCAAGCAGCCGAUCUUUUUUCUCUGAGAUCAUCUCCUCCAUCUCGGACGUGAAGUUCAGUCACAGCGGACGCUAUAUGAUGACACGUGACUACCUCUCCGUCAAAGUUUGGGACCUCAACAUGGAGAACAGGCCAGUGGAGACGUAUCAGGUCCAUGAAUACCUUCGCAGUAAACUGUGCUCCUUGUAUGAAAACGACUGCAUCUUUGACAAGUUUGAGUGCUGCUGGAAUGGCAGUGACAGUGCCAUCAUGACCGGCUCCUACAACAACUUCUUCCGAAUGUUCGACCGCAACACCAGGCGGGACAUCACACUGGAGGCGUCCCGGGAGAGCAGCAAACCACGGGCUACGCUCAAACCGCGCAAAGUGUCCACCGGUGGCAAGAGGAAGAAGGACGAGAUCAGCGUGGACAGCCUGGACUUCAACAAGAAGAUCCUCCACACUGCCUGGCACCCCAAAGAUAACGUGAUAGCCGUGGCAGCCACCAACAACUUGUACAUUUUCCAGGACAAAAUCAACUAGAAGCUUCGGGGCUCCAGAGGAUAGGGCUUUUACCGUACCUGUGUAGUUAAGCCUACUACUUGUCUAUCUGUAUAAGAAGAAACAGCCUCGUUGUCCUCCUGGUGAAGAAUUUGAAAGCACGUGUCUACUUUUUUUGCCACAGGAGGUUGAUCCAUAGGCCUGUUUUAUUUUGAGUCUGAGCUUAGGUUGUUUUUGCCUUUGGCACCAGGGCAAUCAACAUGCCCCCCCUGACCCAGAAAGCCCAAUUCGGGUCUAAUUGACGGAAUGGCACUCCCUAGAGGUCAAACUCUUGAACGUUGGUGUUUGUGUUGACAUUUUAAGCCUUCAUUUCAUGAUUUCACGACAGAACUAUUGGAAGCCCUUAAAAUGACGUCUUGUCAAAGUUGUAACAUCAUCUCAAUGCUUUUGGGCGCUCUGAAGCACGGAUUAAUGGCCAAUAAGCCUAACUGUAACAUUCCCCCAUUUGGCCAUGUAUUCAGGGCCAAACCACUGGUGGAAGAGGCCAUGAAUUUGGAAAGUGGACUUGUUUCUUUUCUUCCCCAUUUCCUCCUCUUACUUUACCCCCCCCCUCCCCCCGUCAAUACGGUGACAUAAUUUCACUGACUGUAUCUACUCAAGUACACCUUGUCAUCCACAUAAUAAAAGAAACUAAAACUA